GCGACUCGUUCAUUCUGUUUUCGGUUGUCGACUGGUUAACACGCGGUCCUUGAUUUGUUUUAUACAUUUAACCAAUUAUAAAGAAGUGAAGCUCCGGUGAAGUGCUGAUAAUCGAGGUUUAAAGUUGCGUCUAGUGUGUUAUAUAACGCAAACAAAUAAGUGUCCCAAGAAGAAAGUGGUGAAAAUGGAAGUAGCUAAGCCAGAAGUUAACGGUACACCAUUGCCACAACGUCAGCAGAACAAUGCAAACCAGGGUCCCCAACCUGGUGGCGCAGCCCCAGCCAAUCAGAAUCAAGGAGGUGGCCCGCAAAAUCAGCCCGGUGGAGGCAAUAAACCGAAUCAGAAUAUGAAUAAUCGCAAUAAUAACCAGAACAAGAAUCGCGGAAAUAUGAAUCGAUUUGGAAAUCGCAAUAAUCAACAGCAGGGUGGUAAUCGUCAGAAUAACCAGGAUGGAAAUAACGAAGGAAAUCAGCAACAGCAGCAUCAGCAACGUCCAGGAAAUCAAGGCCAUCAAGGAAAUCGUGGAGGAAACAGAAACCGGAACCAAGGUGGCGAUGGUGAUCAAGGCCAAGGCUUUGACCGACGCCGUAGCGGUCCGGGAGACCAAUAUUUCAUCAAUGAGAAACUGCGUAUGCUUCAAGGACCGUUGAUGGAAAUCCCACCGAUCGAGACCGAAGAAGUUAAGUUUUCUGGUCGUAAUCGAUUGUACAUCGGUAAUUUAACAAAUGACGUGACCGAGGACGAGCUGACGGAGCUUUUCAGACCGUACGGUGACAUUAGUGAGAUUUUCAUGAAUAAAGAGAAAAACUAUGCCUUCGUGCGUGUGGACUAUUUUUCCAACGCCGAGAAAGCAAAGCGAGAGUUGGAUGGAACUUCGCGCAAGAAUCGCAUUUUAAGAGUGCGUUUUGCUCCGAAUGCAACGGCAAUUCGCGUAAGGAAUUUGACGCCAUUCAUAAGUAAUGAGCUGCUUUAUAAAGCCUUUGAAGUAUUCGGACCUUUGGAGCGUGCUUCGGUGCAAAUAGAUGAGCGUGGAAAAUCCACCGGAGAAGGUAUCGUUGAGUUUAAGAACAAACCUGGCGCUAUGUCAGCUCUACGAUACUGUACGGAAAAAUGCUAUUUCUUGUGCUCUUCGUUGCGUCCAUGUAUUGUUGAGCCAUAUACUUAUCAAGAUGAUACGGAUGGAUUGCCGGAGAAAUCACUGAACAAAAAAAUUCCCGACUUCCAAAAAUCAAGACAGCUUGGACCACGCUUCGCUGAACAUGGUUCGUUCGAGCAUGAGUAUGGUCAGCGCUGGAAGCACAUGCAUGAGCUGUACAAGCAAAAGGCUGAAGCUCUAAAACGCGAAAUGAUCAUGGAGGAGGAAAAAUUGGAAGCUCAAAUGGAAUUCGCUCGGUACGAACACGAAACUGAGCAGCUGCGAGAACAACUUCGCAUGCGUGAACAAGAUCGUGAUCGUCAGAAGGCUGAAUGGGAAAUGAAGGAACGUCAAGCUUCGGAAGCUAAGCAGCGCAAUGAGAUCCAGAUGAAGCACGAUGUGGAAGAAAUGCAGAACCGCAUAAAACGAACUGACGACGAGCUUCACAGACGUCAACAGGAAAAUAAUCUUUUUAUGCAGAACCAGCAAAUGCACCUCCAAGAUAACGAUAACAACCGCCGACCGUUUGACAUGAUGAAUCAGGGUGGUGGUGGCGGCGGCGGCGCUGGUGGUAACAACUUUGGUGGAAUGGAGAUUCGUGACUAUGAGCAUGGUCAAAAUAGACAGUCGCGCUUUAACGACGAUGGCCAACAACAGAACAACCAGCAGGGAGGCGGAGGAGGACCUCAGCGCCAAGGCAAUGCUUUCGGCGGCGGUGGUGGAAACAAUCGUAACUGGAUGAACAACAACAAUGAUCGUCGCAACAAUGAUGAUUUCCAGAGCAAGCGAAGGCGUUUCUAAAGCGAUGGCAAAAUGGCGUGUAUGCAUCAUGCACCUUGCUCUCAAUCUAUUAUGCUAGAACGAAAACUUAUGGGCCACAAUGAGAACAUAAUGAACGUUUGAUACAAUGCAUCAAUUGUACCGAUCGUAUUUGCUUACUGUGUGCCCAUCAAUCUAAUAUCAAUUUUGAAAAAGAGAAGAAAAAAAUAGUUACGACGUAUACUGAUCACCAGGGGACCUAGGCUACUCGAAACCCUGUUUUCAACAAUCUUUUGUUCUAGCAGUUUGUUGCAAAACAUUAUGCAGACUAUUCGUAACUAUCAGAAUUGGGAUUAUUUUGACGCGAUACAUAUUGUCAGGUGGGCAGUAAAAUAUUGAUCCUUAACAUCCUUUACUUUUUUAAAAGAUACAAGCAGCAAAUCUACAUCUGAUUUUUUACAUAGUUCAAAUUGAAGUCGAUAGAGAGUAUUUAUGUAAACUGGCGCAUAAUCAUUUAGAUGGAUCUUGAGAUAAGUUUUAAGAAUAUUAGAUUAUGAGCAUUUCGCAUAAUAGAGAUGAGUACAUAUUCCUUUCAUCUGGCCGGAGUAAGCUGAUGACUUAUUCCUGCAAAUUGCACUGUACUAGAAGGAACAAAAUAUUUUUAAUUGCUAAUUUGAAACUUACCUGUAAGUUAUUCGAACAUUAUAUGUGUAAUAAUAUAAAUUAUACUGAUUGGAAACAAUAGCACUUGCCUUUUUCUAUGUUACAAAAUUAUUGUAGUAUUGGGGAGAAAUAUAUCGUUAUUCAUAAUUGCCAAAAAACCCAGUUCCGAACAAGUUUUAGAGGAAGUUUUUCUUUCAGGAAUCGAUUAUUAAAAAAAAUCGUUCCAACAACCUUGCCACUCAAUUUCGCAGAUAAUCGGGGUUCUAAUGUAUAUCUUAUGUUGUCUUCGGAUUAUGGUAUCGUGCAUACCUUUUUGAAUUUCGCUUUCUUCUGUGCAAAAGCUGGUUAUGUUGGGUUAUUUUCGUGGGUCGUGUUUAUUGGAGGAAAUUUCUUCGUAUUCAUUGAAAUGUUCAACUCUAAUAAAUGAUUUUUAGGAUACUAAGAGUUUCCCAUUUGGUUUAGGAAGUCUAUGGGAUAUACUUUUGUCAGAGAUUCUCAAAAUCAUGUAGACAUUCCCUAAAGUUUUUUUUUCAGAAGUUGGUCAGGGUACCUUUCUACUGCCUGUAGAGCGUUUUUUAACAUCGAUAACAGAUGAAAGUAGGGGCAGCUAUCUAGAUGUGGUUAGAUGUUCCAAGUAUUCGUAUUUGAUCAAUUUAGGCUUUAUAAAAUCGAGUAUACACAUAUUUUAUAUUUUAUUAUAAACACUUUCAGCAUCCUGCCCUGGCAUUUGUCUUUAACUGAGUUUACACAGUGAAUCGACCGAUUUUUUUUUCAAAGAAGGCUAAUUGACUUCAAUUUGAUAUGUUAAUCGUCAAAAUAGGUUCAGUAGUUCAAAAGUGAUGAAUUUUUGAAAAAAAAGUCAUUUUAGAAAAAGUGGAAAAAAGUUGAUUUUUCGAAUCACCCUUAUAAAAAAAAUUAGAAAUAUGGGUCUAAUAUUUUUCGAUUAUGAACAAAACUAUCACUUUCCGCGAAAAUCAAAGAACCACUAUAUCGGUUUGACAUGGAAUGGCUGAUUUUGGGAGCUGUGUUAGCACAAGAAUUGCUCCAAAAUGAAUAGCUUUUGAAUUUUUCGCGCUAAAAAACAGGCAUGUUGCUAGAUAUUAGAACUAUUUAACCACAAAGCUAGAAGUGGUAAAUUAUUGUUAAAGUAAAAAAAAGGUUGGUGGCAAUAUAGUUGCUACUACCGUUAAAAGGGUAAAAAUUGCCUUCGGGGCCUGCUAAUUUAACCCUUUGCGGUCGGAAUUAUUAUCCCGUGAAAAAGAUCCUCUUGUUUUUCCACUCUAUUUUUUUAUUUACACCGAGUGCCGUUAUCUUUUAUCUAUAGAAACUGCGUAGUAAUUUGUGAACAAGUUCACUAGACAUUAAAAUUCGUUCAGAAAAAUGUAAACUAUUAAAUAUGGUUGGAUAAAAGUAUUUAGUAUGAUUCCUUGCUGUGGUGGCUGAGAGCAGACAUACGAUCGCAAAGGGUUAAUAGAUAGUAAUUCGCCACCAGAUUUUUACAUUGCAUAUUCGUCAUCGCGAAUACAACUACAGCAGUUUACUACUGACGAUUGCGAUUCAUACGCCACAAUUUUCGUGCAAAACAAAGAAUUUUUCCGCGAGUUUUUCAAACAGCAUUGUACCGUUCUGAAUCAUAAUCAGAAAACAGGUCUAAACUUUAUGCACAGGUAUUUGGUUGAUAUUUUAGAUAAAUUAGUUCAAUAUGCUUUUAAGCUUUCUACUUUGGUACCUAUUUGAUCGAAAACAAAAAAAAAUCAUCGAAUAAAAUGCUUUUCAAAUGAAGCGAAUAAAAAUCAAACUUCGGACACUAAAUCAAAUUUCGGACAGAUUGAAUUCAAAUUUCGGACACUUUAUUUUGUAAUUUUUUGAACGAAAAUUACAUUACACUUGAUUAUAUUUUAAAGUCAACUGCGAAACACUUACCAGGCAAUCACAAUAAACUGUUAACUAUGAUGAGAACUGAUGGAACACGGGAGAAAUUUAAAUAUUGAUGAAUGGGUAAAUUCUACGUGCUCACGCUGAGCCAACGUCAAACACAAACGAUAGUGAGUAGUGUUGAUAGAUUUUUGUCGAUUAUGUUAUAAUUCAAAUGUAGUUCUCAUAUGAAAUGAUAGUGAAACCAAGGGAUUACACAAAGCAAUUGUGAUAUUAUUUUUAUAGUUAUAUCAUCAGUGCAUCAAGCAUUUCAAGAUAUUAGAACAAAGUGUCCGAAAUAUGAUGUUGUUCGAAAUAUGAUUCAGAACGGUAAAUUAGAUACAAUUUCUAUACUCCCAUUGGGAACAGACAAUAAUGCUCUCAAUUGUGUCACAGAAAAAUAGAACGGUUGGUGUUUUAUGAUUAAGUGUUUUUUUCUAAUCCGUUGGCAACAAUAAAAUAUCUUGAAAAAUUUAAUUGAUUCGUGAUGACCACAAUUGAAAUAGAAUCUAAUGACCAUGGGAAACUACUUUUACUUGCUAUAAUUCUUGUUCGGGAACCCUGGUACACAAUAACAAAUUAUUCCCAUAAAAGAUAAUACUCUAUUUCGAAGAUGAGUGACAAGGGAGGGAUUUUUGCUGUGAAAUGGCACCGAUACUCACUUUCAGGUCAUCGUGUUUCUUUUAUUUUAAAAAGAAAUCGCGUGAAUGUUACGGAUCCAUCGAAAAUAAGGCAUCCAUGAAACUUCAACGAAUAAGAAGCAUUCCAUGAAACGUUCAUGACGAAGAAUUAGUUAGAGAGCCUGUCGAAAAUACGACACAUAUGUUCCCGGGAAAGAGAAAGACACACUUCGGACAUAAUGUGGCCUGGACUAGCAGGCUAAUUCUAUGAAUGUGAGAACUAUCAAGGACGUAUCCAUCAUCGCUGGACACGACGAAUCAUCUAUAUUAAUGAUAAACAGAGCUAUUGUUCAACGGAAGCAAAGGUACUUAUGAUUUCCGUCCUCGAGUUCCUUCAUACCACAUAUUUGCAAAUGAUGACCAUUACCAUGAUUACCACAAAUCUGCCUACACAUCACUGGAAAAUUCGCGACAUGUAAUGGAAGUACACAAACAACUAUAUUCACGAUCAUGUAGUACGGAAACCUCGGCCACAACUAUUGUUGAUUGAUGCUUUUUCCGAUCCGUAAAAUGUAAGUGUGGGAUGGAACUGGAAUGAGGACACAAAGGAAGCGCUAUCUUGAACGGAUUCACACGAACUAAAUCGAUAAGGAACGCUGUCGGAUAAAUGGAACUUAUCUCCAAUUGAUCCAAAACAAAUACUGCUGUGUUGCAGUUUUUGGCUGAAAAUCGCAAUGUAAUACCGUCAGUGUGGAACUACUUUGGACCCUUUUUUAGGUUAAACCACUUUAAGAAGUUAUAAGCACACUAUCAGUGGGUGGAACCUAGAACUAGCACUUUCAAUUGUCUGAGAUUGUCUGACAGUCAAUAAACAUGAUUUAAUAAUGGUAAAAGGCACUAAAUCAAAUUGAUUUUAAACGCGGCUAUUGUCAGCUUCUCUACUCGAAAAUCUUGGAUGAGUUCAAAUUGAGUUUAGCAUUUUUAUCAAACGAAACACCUUUGGAACUUUUGGAUUUUUAUUGCAAUUCCUCGGAUGUUUUAGGAUUUCCACGGCACGAUUUCACACUUAAUAAAGCCAUAAAGGCUAGUGGCCUUUAAAAUUAACCGAUGAGGUUCCCAAACUGUUGCAUUCUUAGGCCUUUAUCAAGAGGAACUCCACCAUAAUUUUGCAGUUUCUCGAGGCAUUUCGACAGUUUCUUUCGCGAAUUAUUUGCGUUUCAAUAGUUCGGAACAUUUUUGAGCCUAGCAAAAAGAAAGUAACGGACGCAUUAAAAAAUAGACUAAUUUCGGUGAUGAAAAAAACCUACCCUAGCCAUGACCGAUGAAAAUAUAGAUGUCGGCACGUUCUUCAACUGUUUCUCCGUUUUUACUACGAUAUUAUUGAAAUAGAUCCUCCGAUAUCUUGCACUAUAUCUUGGCAUAAUGGGCCAAGGUCCGGCUGCGAGACACUUCUUGAUAAAGGUGGCAACUCCUUGCAGGCACUUCGUGCUGUUAACUGUGAAUGGAGACCGCAAGCUCCGAACGAGAGAACAGCGUCUUGGACAUUCUCUUCUCGCUGAUCGUCAGCCCAGGAAGGAUCUUCUUCGUGGACAUGGUGUGGGAGAAAUAUUUGACGUCAUCGUUUCACCUCCUUGAUGGCGGACGUAGAGUACCCUCUGCCAGUCGUUGUCGUCCAGCGUGAGGUAGGUUUUGUAAUCCAUUACGAUCACGACGUCGCGCUUCGUCGGAAAGUUGUUUUUCACUAGCACCUUCAGCCGUGAUUGCCUGCUGUUCAGACACGGCCGGCCUUGAAUGAUGCUUCCGUAUAAAAUGUUUAUUUUGAUCAGGUAAUUCGUUUGGUUCACCUUCGGAAGGAAGCUGGUAGUACCAAAAAUCUCGUGAAUGUUACGGAACCAGCAGAAAAUAAGGCAUCCAUGAAAAUUCAACGAAUAAAAAUUUCAUGAAUCACGACAAAGGAUAAGGUAGAGAGCAAAUGUAGGAUUCAAGCAAAAAUGGUCCAUUGAUUUUUCGUAGGUUUUUUUUCAUAUACAUUAUAAAUUAGUCUAUUUUUUUAUUCACACGUUAAACAAACAUGACCUUGCAAUAUAAAUAUGGUUUACGAAAAAAUUGUCCACCCUAUUUUUUGUCCUACCGUAAUUUAUGAAUUGGUGUUUAAGGAGCAAAGGUUUUCAAAGCGGCCCUUUGAAAUACAAUAUAAAAUGUAUUGUAGUAUUUCUGUUAGAAAACAUUGAAUAGCUAGUGUCCAAAACAGUCCCGCGUGUCAAAAGUAGCCCCACACGACGGUACUACACAAGUGUAUGCUCAUUCAUGUUAUGAUCAUUCUAUCUCAAUUCAAUGGAUAUAUUCUACUAAUGACAAUAAUUUAUUUUUCAGGUUCUUUGAACACAACCAGUAAAUUGAUUGUAUCGACGAUUAGAAACACUCGGCAGUAUUUGUUUGUGUAUGUGUGUGGUGUCUUCUCGUGUUGUGUUGGGUUAUGAGUCGGUUAUUAACGAUGGUGUGUGUGAAUUGGUCUGUUCGCUUGAAAUUCCAAAUGUUAUUUAUGGCCCGCAUUAGAGUUGAAUGUUGUGUAGAUACGUGCUUGACCUAUUCUGUUUAAAGUGUAAUUUUUAUAAGGUUACGAAAGGAUUCAUCAAAAACGCUUCUCCCAGUAAUGAAUUCUUAACAUUUGUUAACAUUCUUGUAUUCCAGUUAUGGAUUUUUUGGUAGAACAAUGAGACUUCGUUGUAAUACUGUUUUUCCACGAAGAAUUGAUUUAGUAAUAGAGCCUUCGAUCUUAAAAUUUUGACUUCAAAAAUGAACAUUUUUUCCAUGUUUUCUCACAGUAACCACCAUCUACACUUGGAAUCAACACUUUUGUUUUGCUUUAGGCUCAUUAGCAUUUUCAACUGUAACAGAGCCGAGUUAAAUUGUGUACAUGUUCAUCGUAUCGAUACAUAUGGUAAAUUACACAAUAUCGCAUUUUUCGAUGUUAGUUGCGUGGACGUAGUAACUAUAAUAAACAAAAAUGGUGAAUUGAGGUGCCUGAGUUUUUUUUUGGUUAAUUCAAUUAGUAUUAUAGAAAGAGAACAUUAUCAUUAGGCUUCCGCCGAAUUCGGAUAGCCGUGGCUUUUACUUAACACCCGCCAUUGUACAGUGACCUCACCGCAGAACGCCAGUUUGUUUUGAGCAGUUUGCCGCUUUUCACCGUUUUUUUUUGCGUCAUCAAGAUGACCAUAUAUCUCUCUAUGUGGCGAAGCUUUGCGGUGUUGGGAGGUUUGUCGCCUUUGUUGAUGAAAGCCAACAGAUCUAAGUCCGUGAGCAUCUCCGUAUACAGCUUCCGGAAUCGUUGUUUGGUCGUCGUGUUCUGCCUGUCGUUGCGAUUCGAUGUUUUGUUCUUCUUGUAGAACGACAGUCCAGCUCGUUUCGUGACUUGAAGCACUGUUGUAUACGAAAUUUCCUACUUAUACCGGACGCUUCGAGAAUGAGAGCUUGGAGCCACUUUUUUCGCCGUCGCUGCAGCUUCCAGCUUUCGAUUUUCCCCCGAUUCUGGAUUCUUGACAGACGAUAAACGUUCUCCGAUCACUAUUAUCACGCUCAUCACAGUUGAUUUGGCUACAUUCAAAAUUUUUCUAACUUCUGGUGCGAGAAGCUUGGUUUUAGCAGAUCAAGAUAGAAUCAUACAGGCGCACAUUCAUAAAACGAGGAAUGUUCAGGUCUUUCAAGCACACGCUAAAAAGAAAUAUGGAAAUUUAAAUUAACCAAAUUUUGAUAUUCCCACACUUCAACUAAAAUUAUGAAUUAUUACUAGGCUUCCGUUGACAAAUGGUUAACAUUAUAAAUAUCGUAAGGGGAGACACGGAUUCGCUUCCAGUUCAAUUUAUUUUUUCAUUAAAUAAAUUCCAUUCCUACAUGAUACUCACGCGUGUUGAAGUUGCUCAGAAUAGAAUCAAGAUGUGGCAAAGAAAUCACAAUCGAGCUCUAGCAGAAAUAACGUGUUGAGACAGCUAGAUUUUCCAAAGAACGCUGGUGUAUAAUUGAAGAAUGAGAAUUAUGAUAAUGAUUGCUAUGUACAGUGUCGGACAAAACAUUAAGACCACUGCUCAAUCAAAAAAAAAAAAAAGAAAGUGAUCCAAUCCAGUGCUUCAAUCCAUUAAUAAUAAUUUAUUGGCACUGUUGGAAGAAAUAUAUAACAUCUGUGGUUAAAACAAUACGCAUUCAUUAAAAAAUCAUUCUAAGGAUACUCAACAACUAAAAUGGCGCGACAAAAAUUAAGACGAAAAAUUAAGAAAAGUUAAGAGAAUGCUAAAAAAAUAACAAGAAAAUUCAUACCGUGAAAUGCUUCAAAGGUUAGUACUAGGUCGUGUAACCUUUGUUACGCAUCACUUCACGCACCCGAUUCAGCAUGGAUUCCACCAGCUUCUGGCACGUGGUGACUCGGAUGGCGUACCAACAAGUUUGGAUCCUAUCCCACAGUUGCUGAUUAUUGUUCGACUUGUCCGUGUACAUCAACCUUUACACGAUCUUCCAUAAGUUCUCUAUAGGGUUCAGAUCCGGUGACUGCGCUGGCCACUCCAUGACGUCGACAUUGUUAUCCUGGAACCACUUUUUGACGGUCUUGGCGGUGUGCUUCGGAUCGUUAUCCUGCAUGAACUACAGGGGCAUCUCCCACUCGGUGUGUAGUAGCAUAACAUCCCUUAGCAUUUGGGCGUAGAGGUACUGAUUCAUGAUCUUCAUUCAUGAAGCCAACCCAGUAUCAGGAGAAACACCUCCACACCAUAAUGUCCUCUCCUCAUGCUUGAAUGUCUUCGUGGUAUACUGUGGCAUGCAAGCGCAGCCUAUUGAGCGAUGGUUGGUAUUGGGCGGAUGGAAGUUUUUCCGUCCGAGCCGAUGAGGUUUACUUUCGUCUCAUCCGACCACAGUAUAUUUCGACACUGCUUUUUCUUCUCCGGACCGAUCCAAUCGAAGUGGUCUUUCGCGAACUUCAACCGCGUCUUCAGAUGCUCCUACCUACCCCCUACCCCCUAUCUAAUGAAACACCUCUCAAUCACAGAUAUCUAUCAAUUAUUAUUGCUUAUAUUCUUAUUGGUUCCACUGUGAGUCACUGUAAGUGUAAGCAAAUAGUUUACUACUUAUAUAUAUUACCGUGAAUCAUAAAGAAAAGUAAUGAAUGUCCUCUUUUUGUAUGUUUGUGGUAGAAUGGGGUUUCGUUUCGUUUCUGCCGGCAGUUUUCUACCUCUAUUUUUGUAUACUCCAGUUCGUCAGCGUCAGCAUCGAAUGGAUUAAAAGGGAAGACAGUUCGCAUUGUAUUUCAGCUAUAUCUGAAAGCACAACACAACUAAUGAAAGGAUGAGGUGAAGAAAAGCUUCUCUGUACUUGUGCAUAAUAAUUCUCACUGUCUGAAUUGAAAUGGAAGAAGAAUACACACAUCAACUUGUCUGUGUGUAAAGUAUGAACUAAUUAUCGAGGAUAUAAGUUUGUAACGGGACCACACAACCAGUGGGUACAAAUAGCUGAUGUCGAAUUGACCACUUUGCUGAAUGUCGUACUAUCAACAAGAUAAAUAGGCGAUGUCAAGGAAUUUCUUUCAAAGGAAAUCAUCUAGAAAGGUUUUCUGAAACAGUGUUGGAUGACUGUGGGUGGUUGUACAUUGCAAAGCCAUAUUAAACUACCUCAAUGGAAACGCGAAGUAGAGAGAUGUACAUACAACAUAACUGCAGAGUGAUAACAGAACUAUUUUCUUGCCUCGACAAAUCAGGAGACACUGAUGCCACGACGGCUACGCUGUAGCACAUGGACGAUAAAGGAAGUUGACAAUGGGAAUUAUUAUCAAUAUCUGUCAAUUCGUUGAAGAGGGAACACAUUGUGCAAUAAGCGGUCUAGGAUGCUUUUGUGGACAAGGGAACAAUUACAUCGCUUAAGCGACGAAUAUCUGCAACAAGAUGCGACAGUGAUGGAAUAUUUGGAUGUGUCUUGAAAAUGCUCAAAGCAACGUCAUACACAACCUUCAAUAGCUGCGCAGUUUGUUUGGAAGAUAUCAUCAUACACUGGAAAUAUGACGAAAGAAGAAGCGAUACGCAUGAUGACACUUCUUCGGUGAAACUGCAGUUUGAAG